UUAAAUCGAGUGUGCUGCACAGUUUUCUGUGAUGGUUAUGUCUGGAGUAGGGUUAGGCCGAUAUAAAAACCAUGGGAGUCUAUGAGAUGUGCUCACAAAUACAGUCAACCCUGUGUGAUAUCAUGAUAUUUCCUGCUUUCAAGAAAUCAUCUGUUGUACAAGGACCGAAGACAAACGUGUUGACGUAAAUGUCUAAGUAUCGGCUGUACAGGUAUAGAAAGCGUUUCCCAACUAUAGUAGAACUUGUUUCAAAAGUGGAACCCUUGUUCGCUUGACCUAAUCCUGUACGGACAUUUGUAAUGAAGAACUCGUUCACUGUAUAAUAGAAAUAAUGGGUAGAAAGGCUAUUAGCAGGAGCCGAGUAGGGUUGUCAAAACGACGGGACUUGGUGGCCCAGAAAUUCUCUCCAAUUUGUCAAGCAUGAUUAGUUUCUACAAAAUGUAUUUUAAGUUAAACCGUUUUUAAAGUUUCUACAUUUCUAUACUCGGCUGUAAAUAAUUAUUCUGCGGAAGUAGCACGUCCUCGCGCGAUACUGGAUGCCUUUCUCAUCGCUAACGUUACUCGGAAUGGACUCUGGAUGAAGCGUUUCUGUGGUUCAUUUGAAAUUUUUGGUGCAAAUUUCCAAUUUAUGUCAGAAUCUUUUUAAUUGUCCAAUCUUUCAAAUUAUUUUAUUUUUAUAGGAUAGUGUUUUUAGGGUUCAAAUAUCCCCAGAUGCACAAAAAAGCGCAGAGAUUUAAAUACGGUUCAGUGUGGGAUUCGGCUUUUGAGCCGUCUGGCGCCCCCUUGAGGAAAACAACUUCUAGUAACCAGUCUGUUUACCUUCUAUCACCUUGCUUUCUAACCCUACGUUACCUUCUGUAGGUUUUGAGUGUCAUUGCUAUUAUCAGAGCAUAAGACGUGUCGGUUUCCAGCCGUGUAGGUGAUGCGAGGGCCAGUGCGUUGGGUGUUAUGGGAUGUGAAGGACACUCUGUUAAAGGUCCGGCGCUCGGUUGGAGAGCAGUACUGCAGCGAAGCAGAGCGAGCAGGACUCAAGCUGCCAGCUGCGCAGGUAGAAACUGCUUUCAGACAGGCUUACCGGCAUCAAUCACGCCUAUUUCCCAACUAUGGCAGAGCUCAGGGCAUGAGCAGCCAGGUGUGGUGGACUGGACUAGUGAGGGACACUUUUGCCCAGUGUGGGGUAGAUGAUCUUGCUUUACUGGAUAGACUCGCCAACAACCUCUAUCACAAAUUUUGUGGACCAGAAAACUGGGAGGUGUUUCCUGAUUCUAAUAGCACCCUCAAGUUCUGCACCGCUUUAGGACUCAAUCAAGGUGUAGUGUCCAACUUCGACAAGCGUUUGGAAGGGAUCCUGAGGGGAUGUGGACUUCUCGCUCACUUCUCAUUUCUCCUGACCUCAGAAGAAGCUGGGGUUGCUAAACCAGACCCUGCUAUUUUUACCCAGGCACUGGUACGGUGUGGUGUACCAGCCUCCAGUGUAGUUCAUGUUGGGGACCAUUAUGUGAACGACUACCUGACCUCACGCUCAUUGGGUAUUCAAGGUUACCUGCUUGACAGACAAGACUGUCAUGGGCACCUCGAUGUUCCUCCACAGCAUAGAUUACAGAGCCUAGAUGAAUUACCAGCUCGAUUAAAACAGGACACAGACUGAGUGCGCACACAUUUUAUCCAGUGCAGCUGAUGAUUAUGUAAUGUUGCUACAGGAUUAAACACAUUUUUAAAUGGACCAUAUUUUUUCCAGAUGCACGUUUCAUAUGAUGAAACACAAGAUGUAAGCUGAGGCAUAAGAAUGUGGGACUGGAAAACAAAAUAUCAUGUUCUUUUAGAAGUUUUAGAUUUAAUGAAAUCGUAAUAUACUGCCAAUACAUUAUUUUAUUGUUAAUCUGCCAAUAAAUUACAUAUUGUUUGUGAAAAUUGUCUGAUUGUCAUC